AUGGCUAGUCCUCCUGUUCUAGCUUUCGACGCCGAGGGCCGUCCGGUCAAAUUCGAAACCUGGCUAGAUGACCUGCACCUUUUCCUACAGCUCACUGCCAAGGAAGAUAUUACACUGUACGACCACGCUCUCGGCCAUGCGACCGCCCCACCCGCUACUGCCCCCCCAGCUGAGCGCUCACAGUGGCAGACCCGUGACGCGCACGCUCGCUUUGCUAUUCGCAACUCCCUGCCGCUAGAUGAGCGCGAGCACUUCGGCCAGUGCAAGACUGCUAAGGACCUCUACACAGCUGUAGUGGCCCGCUACUCCUCACCCGCUUCUGCCACUCUAGGCCGCCUCACUCUCCCCUACCUGUUCCCCGACCUAGCCUCCUUUCACACUGUCGCAGACCUCAUCACCCACCUUAAGACUAGUGAGGCUCGCUUUCGCGCUGCCAUGCCUGACGAGUUCCUCGCUAGCAACCCCCCCCCGCUCUGGAUCACUCUCUACCACGUUGUCACCCGCCUCCCUGACUCUCUGCGCCCUGUCAGGGACCAGUUCCUCUCUCGCUCCCCCACUGAGCUCACCGUAGACCUCCUCGAGAAGGAACUGCUUGCAGCCGAGGCUAGUAUCGUCGCUGUAGGCACCUCUCGUGGCGACCCCCGCGGCCCCUUCUUUGAGGGGUGCUCCCCUUCCCCCCUCCUCCCCUCUGUCGCCUCUGCUGCUGCUGUCGACCUCCUUGGUGCUGAGAAGGUCGGGGCUGCGUCUGCUUCAGGCGGACGACGCAGGGGCAGGAGUGGCAGGAGUGGGGGUGGUGGCGGAGGAGGCGGAGGUGGAGGUGGUGGCGGUGGAGGUGCGACUGGAGAGGCUAGUGGCGGCAGUGGUGGAGGUGACAGCGGCGUUGGGAGUGGUGACAGGGGCGGAGGUGGCAGCGGAGGCGGAGGUGGUCGUGGCAGCGGCAGGGGUGGAGGUGGCCGGGGCGGAGGCGGAGGGGGUGGUGGUCGUGGAGGCCCGGGGGGCGGUCAGAGUCAGCAGCCUGCCCCGACCCUUCAGGCCGCUCGUGAGUGGUAUGCGCGGCGCAGCGUCACCUGCCAGUAUGUUAUUCGUACAGGUGACCGCACUGGCCAGACGUGUGGGGGGCCGCACCAGACGGAGCGCUGCUUCGCCCGCCUCAACGAUGCGUGGCGCACCCAGUUUCCUGGUGGGGGUGAGCUGCCGCGCUGGGCUGAGCUGCUCAGGAAGGGUGUUGAUAUUUGGGCACUAGACUUUGAUGCUAUUCUCACUGCCAUGUAUGCGAUGUCUAUUAGUGGAGAGGGUGCUCAGUACUUGCGUGUUCCGCCCGACCCGGGCAUUCAGGCCAGCCCCGCUGCUGCUCUAGGUGCUUGUGCCCUCUAG